GCCUUCUGCUUCGCCAUCACCGAGCACUGCUUCUAUUUCUUGUUAUAUCUGCCUCCAGCGACAUGCCUGCGUCGCUCGUCUCUUAGCACCGCCAACACACUCAAUGACUCUUCCUAACCACACCCAAAUGGACCCCGAACAAGACCCCCCCUCGCCAACCCCGGCAGCCGCCGGCGAGGACGAGCCCUCGAGUCUCAAAUACCACAUCAUGCGCAACGGCAAGCGCGACUACUACCUCACCACCAACCCCUCUGUGAAGCACUACAACGCAAACAUCGGCCCGAGCUACUACGUCCGCGUCACAUCCGAAGAAAACGAGCUCGCGCAGAAGCAGCAGCACGGCGACGACAUCGACGCCUCGUUCUCGCUCGUCAUUCUCGUGCACAACUACGACAACGUCGAUCUCAGCGACGCCGAGAGACUCGAGCAAGGCGAUGCGGGGUUUGAUGAUAAGUUUAAUAGCUCGCUCGUGCCAAUCAUCCACGUCACCCGCAACGACGGCGAGAGUAAGAUUGCUGUCACGGUCCUCGGCGACGAAGGAAGCCAGGUCUGGAAGACUGAGCUGCAGCUGCAUGCAGACCCGUACACCGGAAAGUCGAAAUUCGUAUUCGCAGACCCUUGGAAUGAUCAAUGGUCUUUGGUCGGAAAAGAGCAUAUUAUCUGCGAGAAUUACAGAAACGGAGCCGCAAUCGCGGAGAUGGAGAAGAAGAAAAUCACAAACGACAAGAUUGGCUGGCUCACGCUCAGCGAAUCCGCUCUGAAAAUGCUGGACUUGAUGAUCGCAGUCCACAUGGCGAGCUACUGCUUCUGGCAAUACGAGCACAAGCCCUCGAAACUUGCAGCGAUCGCCACAGGACUUCUCCACGCCGAGUCAACUACAUCAGGCGAUGCCGCGCAGUCACGGAGGCGAAGCACGGGAUUUAAACUGAACCUGGCGAAAAAGAUCUCGUCAAAGGUUAACGGCAGCGGCGGCAGCGGAGAAAGCCAUCCACCGCACACGUCAAUAGGUGGCAUUCUACCCGUUGCUGCAAGCAGCAAGAAACCCGCCCGCGCUCCAUCGAUCUCAAUCGUUCCUCCCCGAUCGCCCCCCGUUCGAGAGAAUUCCGAAGACGGGAUGUUCUCUCCCAAAGAAGCCAAGCGGGCGAAUACGGCGCGACGCUCGUUUGGAGGGACAGGAGAGGAGACGCAGGCACAGCUGCAGAAGCUUUCUCUUGUCGAAAGCCAGAAAUCGCAGCAACUCGAGCUUGAGCGGAAUCCUCAUCCUCCACCUCGGACGAGCGGUAGUCUCUCGUCGCAGAGAAGUCCGACUCGAACUCAGCCAAGGGAGCCGCGCAGUACUGGCCCGGUUCCGUAUAUACAACCUUUAGCCCCUGCACCGGCUGUAACUGCAAGCCAGCACAGUCCUUAUCCCCAACUUCCAACCUCAGCACCGGCCGCCGCGCAAAGGCCAACCUCGAUGCCAGCAGCACCCCACGGCAACUCCCACAGGAUCUCCGCGCUCUACGCGCGCGCAGAACAGAAGAUCAUGCCAAUCAUUUCGUCCCACGGCCGAAGCAGCAGCCACUCCCCGCCCCGACCCGCUGCCCAAGCGAGUCACGGUGGUCAGCAGCAAUUCGGCGAACCGGCGGCGCGCACGAACUUCCAGGUGUAUCCCGAGCUUGUGCCUCGAAACGAGCGCGCGGGGAGGCCGCAGUCUAUGUAUUCGAGCGGGGCGGGUGGGUUAGCUGAUCCGUAUGGCAGAUACCAGAAGUGAGGGGACGACAUUGCGCGGUGAUUGUUUUUUUGGUUUUGGAGUUUGAAUUGUAGAUAGAGUGGGGUUUUUUGUUUAUAUUUUGA